AUGCUUUUUUGUAAGGGAGAACCAUCUCAUAUAAGGAAUAAACUUUCCAUAAAUUUAAAUGAAGCGACUAUUUUCGAUUAAAUAAUCACCAAUUAUACUAAAAAAGGUAUCCAGCCAAUAGUUUAUGCAUAAAAGGAACUAAAUAAUGAAAAAGCAAUGAGAUAUAUAGAAGUUUAUAAAGGAAUAUAGACCAAUCCUUAGGCAUAGGAGGAAGAACUUAAAUAACUAGGCAUUGAAUUCGAGACAGAUUUAGAAUAUGUGGGCAUUUGUGGGUUUUAGAAUAAAAUAAAUAAAGAAAUAAGACCACUUAUAGAUUUUGUAUAGAAUUCUAAAAUGAAUUUGUAUGUACUUUCGAAUGAGAGUCAAGAACAGGUUUUCAAUAGUGCUAUAAAUGCUAAAAUAUCGGAAGGAUUUGGAAAAAACGCAAAUAAAUCUUAUCUUUUUAUCAGUGAAAACAAGCAUGAUGAAGUGUGGAAUUAAAUCCGUUCAAUUUUAAACGAAUUAAAAGAGAUUUUUUCCUAAAAAGAAAAUCCCGAAAAUAGUAAUUUAUAAGCAGAAAACAAAAAUUCCUUAAAAUAAAUAAAAUCUCUUGAAGAAAUAAACAAUGAAGAACAAUACUUAAAAAAUUUCAAUUAAAAAAAUAUCAACAAAAAAGAUUAAAUCUACCAACUUCAUUUAAACGGAAAAUCCUUCGAAAAAAUUAUCCAAGAUAAAUCUCUAUUACAGCACUUUACAUUUAUACUUUAAUUCUGCAAAAUAGUAAUAGGUUAUAAUAUUGACGCGAAAAUAAAAGGAUAACUAGUAAAUAUAGUUAAAAAUAAAAUGCUUUUUCAUCCCAUAGUUUGUGCCAUAGGAGAUGGUUACAAAGACUUCCAAAUGAUGAAAAACGCAGAUAUAUCAAUAGAAAUAGUGCCCUAAAAUCAAAAUAUUAUAUAAGUAAAUGCUGGUGAUAUAUAAAUAUCUAAUUUAGGUUAAAUAAAAGACCUUAUUUUAAUAUAAGGAAUGAGUGUAUUUUUUAGAACUUAAAAUGUGGUUUAUUUUUUAUUUUAUUAAGCUCUACUUUUCGGAAUGCCCUUGUUUUAUUUUAAUUGGUAUUCCUCUUUUUUAGGAACUUCCUUUUUUGAAUCCAUAUGGGUUUUUUUUUACAAUUUUAUCCUAAACACAACCACUUUGGUUACAUAUGGAGUUUUCGACAAUCCGUUUAAUAAUACUGUACUUAAAUUUUUCCCUUCCUUAUACGUAGCCGGAUAACUAGAAAAAGACAAAAUACUUACCUCUUUUCUGCUAAAAAGUGUACUCGAGGGAAUUCUUUAAGGCACAAUAAUAUACUACGUAUCUAUAUAUAUAGUUUCUCGUUCUUUAAGUUUAGAAGGCUAUGUUUCUGACUUUGGAAUGAUAUAAAUAGUAGUAUUAUAUAGUAUUAUUGUAGUCUUUAACUUCAAAAUAGCCUUUUGGUGUUAAAGUCAUAAAGUCUAGUGUAUAUGGAUUAGUUAAUUAAUUUUUAUAGCCAUGGUUGUAGGUUAUGUUUAUAUAAACUAAGAAGGCUAUUUUGCAAGUUGGAAUUGGGUAAUUACUUCUGCUUAAAUUUUCAAUAGAGAAGAUACUAUUUUUUGCUUGGUUUUUAAUAUUUUAUGCUGCCUAGUUUUGUCACAUUUUGUUAAUGUUUUUUUAGUUGAAUUUCUAUUGCCUAAUACUUAUUAAUAAUAAAGUAUUUAUAUUAGUUAAAAUAAAAUAAGUUGGAAAAGUCUCACAAAUGAACUUAUUAUUGAAUAAUGUUUAAAAAGAGAAAUCGAUUUAGGAAAUUUAAUUAAAAAAAUCUUCAAAAAAUCAUCUAUUAUUGAAUAAUCAGUCCUUGACAUGGUAAGUGCAUGUGAAUCAGAUGUUAGUGAUAUGUAAUUAAAUGUGUUUUCUCUUACUUUUAAAGACUAAAAAUUAGAAAAGAAAUAUAAAUAUGAACGCAUGCCUUCAAGUUCUUAUAACUUUAGAAUAAUGUAUACAAUAGUAAUUAUAAUACUUGGAAUUUUCACGAUAAUAGAUUCUAUAUUAGACUCGUAAUUAGAUUAAAUAAAAGGUUUUAUCCGUGCUAGUUUUGUGAUAUUUUAUUUCAUCCAAAUAUUAAUAAUAUACCAUUAUAAAUUUCAAUAAUACUAUUACAAAUUAUGCUUUUGGCUCUUAUUUACAGCCACAUCAUGUAAAAUAAUAUUAGACUGGAUAGGUUUAUCAAUUAAUACAUCAAUGGUAACAAUGAUUGGUACAUGUAUAUUGACAUUUAAUUUCAGUUUAAAUAUAUGGGAAAUAUUAUUAUUAAAUAUAAUAAAUACAUCAAGUUUUAUUGCCAAAAUAAUAUUUUUAUAUUAUGACAAGAGAUAUAAUAAAGUAAACAAUAUAAUAGAAAGUGAUUUAAAUAAAUUCUUUUUAAUCGCUUCUUUUGUAAUAAUGUUAUUUUACGUUUUUUUACUUUCCAUAUACGUCAUCUUCAAAAACGAAAAAAAAAAAAGGAAAUACUUCAUAGCCUAACAAGACAUUAAAAACACUCAAAGCAUAAAUGACGGAAUAUUAUCAAUUCUAGUCCCUGAAUUCGUAUAAAAUAAGCUAAACUCAGGUAAAUUUGAAAUGGCAGACGACUAGGACGAAGUAGCUAUUUUAUUCGCCGACAUUUGUUGCUUCGAUGACAUAGUAGAGGAAGAAUAAAACAACAUAGUUCCUUUGUUAGACGAUAUUUUCCGUAUCUUCGACUUAAUAUGUGAAAAAUACGGCGCGUAAAAGAUCGAGACAGUGGGUAAGACCUACAUGGCAGCCACUGGUAUAAAAGAAUGCGAAAUAAAUAUCCCAGAAAUCCUAAAACAACGUGGCAAAGGUGAAAGACUAGUCUCUAUGGCCAAGGAAAUCAUGGAAUAAAUGCAGUACAUAAAAUGGGGUAAAAAUUAAGAACCAAUCCAAUUAAAAAUCGGUAUAAAUAAAGGAGAAGUAAUGGCUGGAGUAAUUGGGAACCCAAAACCUCAAUUUUCCCUAAUAGGAGAUACAGUAAAUACAACAUCUAGAAUCUGCGCUUAGUGUUCUUAUGGAAAGAUCCUUAUUUCAGAAAAAAUCAAAGAAGAAGUAAAAAGCAUGAAUCACUCAUUUAAACCUAUAUCUUGGCAGCCUAAAGGGAAAGACAUGAUGACAGCAUAUUAAAUAGGAGGACUUUAGACUGCUAAAAAGUUACAAGUAGCAGUUUACAGUCUGAAUAAAUUAAAUAUUGGAGAUUAGGAUAAAAAACACGUUAAAAAAGAUAAUAUUAUAAAUGCUUUUAUUUUAGGAAACGGAAGUAAAGUUAAUGUCCCUUAAGGUACUUAUUAAUAAAUAAAAGAUGAAUGUGAAGGACAAGAUCAUGUAAAUUAGAAAAAUCAUAUUCUAUAAUAGUAAGAUGAAUAUGAGGAUGAUGAUGAUGAUGAUGAAGAUUUAGAUUUCGAUAUUAUUGAAGAAAAUCCCUAGUUUUAAGAAGGAGAUAUUAAAAAUAAUUUAUUUUUAGAAUUAAGUCAAAAUGUAAGUGAAUAAACUAUUUAUAAGUUUAAAUCAUAGUUAAAAAAAAAUAAUCUAUAAGUAAAUUAAAUCAUGAUUUUAUUAUUAACUUUACUUUAUUUUAUAAGUACUAUGUUUUUAAUUACAGUAAGGCUUACCCUAGAUUAUUAUUAUAUUAUUUUUGUAUUAAGAGGAAUUUAUUUCUUGUUUUUAAUAUUAGCUUAUAUAAUAUUACCCAAAGCUUUUCUAAAUACAACUUAUAAAUACAUUACAUAGUUUAUUCUUAUUUAUGGAUGUUUUCCUUCACUUUUAUAAGGCUAUUUUUCAAAAUAUGAUGAUUUCCUUCUAAUAUAAAUAAUAGAGGCUUUAAUUAUUUAUAUGACUUCUUCUUAUAUUGUAAUUUUUAAUUUUGUUGAUAUUCUUAUCUAUACUGUACUUAUUAGUAUAUUGUUUAUUGGACUUAAUUAUGAAGAAUUAAGCAUACCAAAUUGUUUCUUUUUCUGGACUUUUUGUACUCUCAUAAUUUAUAAAAACUAUAUAUAUUUAAAACAGACUUACAAAAAUUACAAUUUUACAUAAAAGAUAAACAUGAAAAAAGACAAAAUGUAAAGCCUUGUCAAUUAAUUAUUACCAGCAAUAGCCUUAAAUAAAUUAAGAUCAUAAGGAAAUCUUACUGAUAAAAAAGGUCUUACAGACGAAUUUGAAGAUGUCACAAUUUUAUUUGCAGAUAUUAAAGGAUUUACUGAAUUUUCAGAUAAAGUAAAGGAACCUAAAAUAGUUUUAAAAAUGCUAAAGGAUUUGUUUGAAGGAUUUGACUAAUUAUGUGUUAAAAACAAUGUCUUUAAAUUAUAUACAAUAGGAGAUUGUUAUGUGGUUUUGAGUUUUGUAUCUGCGUAAAGACAAAAUACACAAGAAGAAAAAUGCUAAGAAGCUAAAAAUGUUGUAAAUUUAGGAUUAGAAAUGAUAGAAACUAUAAAUCAUAUAAGAAAGGAUUACAAAUUUUUAAAUAUGAGAAUAGGCAUUCAUACUGGUAAAAAGAUUAUUGGAGGCAUUAUUGGAACAAAAGUAGUAAGAUAUGAUGUAUAUGGAAGAGAUAUCAGAAUUGCAAAUAAAAUGGAAUAAAGUGGUGAACCUGCAAAAGUUAUGAUUAGUAAAGACACAAAAGAUUGGAUAGAAAAAGAAAAAAAUCAUUCUUAUAUUAUUACUAAAGCAAAAGAAGUUGAUAUUGUUAGCAAAAAUAAACCGACUGAAACUAUUAAUACCUAUUAUAUAAAUAAAAAAGCUGAAUUUUAAUGA